CCUGCUUUAUCAGCCACGUUGGAAUAUCUGACGGUCCGAGGAAGCUUUUCCCGAUUAGAAGAUUCUGUCUAUUUGUGUUGUGAAAAAAGUAUUUUUCGGAAAAGAUUUGUAAGUUUCUGAUCUGCUUUGUUGCUCAGGUCUAAAUAAAAGAGCUCAAAAUGAAGUUGAAGGAGCUUCAGAAGAUGGUGAACGUGGCAUGGUCACCGGUUGAGCAAGAUCCAAUAAUGCUAACUGCAGGAUCAGCUGCCCAGCAACUAGAUGCAUCUUUCAGUACUUCCGCUACGUUGGAACUGUAUUCUAUAAAUUUAUCCGACCCGAGCUACGAUCUACAACUUGUUGGAAGUCAGACAACAUCGCAUCGUUUCCAUAAAUUGAUCUGGAGCCCGUUCGAGUUCGGAGCAACACAUUCGAACGGUUUGAUUGUGGGUGGUUGUGAAAGUGGUGUAAUUCAGGUUUACAGUGCAUCUAAGCUGCUGGCCGGUGAGAACGCAUUGUUAGCUCAGCAAGAUAAACAUGUUGGUGCAGUCCGGAGCAUGGACUACAAUCCUUUCCAAAACAACUUACUAGCGUCGGGUGCUUCAGAGUCGGACAUUAUAAUUUGGGAUAUUAAUAAUACUGCGGUUCCAAUGAGCCCAGGGGCUAAGAUGCAGCCACUGGAAGACGUUCAAGGGCUUGCCUGGAAUCGGCAAGUUAAGCAUAUUCUGGCAUCCGUUUUUUCGACAAGAUGUGUCAUUUGGGAUCUAAGGAAAAACGAGCCCAUCAUAAAAUUAAGCGACAGUCAAUCGAGAGUACGUUGGAGAGCGGUUCAGUGGCAUCCGGAAGUUGCUACGCAGCUUUGGUUGGCCAGUGAAGACGACCAGGCUCCAUCAGUUCAAUUGUGGGAUUUGAGAUAUGCCACGGCGCCAGCUAAAACGUUUCACAUCCACCAGCGUGGUGUUCUUGGUCUAACUUGGUGUUCACAAGAUUUCGAUCUUGUCGCUUCUUGUGGAAAGGAUAACAAAAUUUAUUGUUGGAAUCAAAAUUCAGAAGAUGCGAAUGGAGAGAUUUUAGCUGAGCUGGCCACUACCAAUCAGUGGAAUUUUGAUGUUUCAUGGUGCCCUCGAAACCCGGCCCUGAUUGCUGGCUCCAGUUUUGAUGGGAAUGUGACUAUUUAUUCAAUUUUCGGGGGUGUUCAUCAGCAAGUACAAACGACAAACAAAAUAGCAGAUUCGUUUCCGGGAAUGGAGAGCAUAGGCCACGAACCGAUUCCGCAAGCUGGUCAGCAGACGCAAACGGGGAGCUGUGAUUUGAAACGAGCUCCAAAGUGGAUGAGGCGUCCAUCGGGUGCAUGCUUUGGGUUCGGUGGAAAGUUGGUCACAUUCAAUGGAAACAGUCGUACGGUGACUGUUAAUCAAGUCGUAACGGAUCAAGAAUUGGUGGAUCGCUCGGUUCGUUUAGAAAAGGUUAUGUCGGAAGGUAACUUUACCGAAUAUUGUCGGCUGAAAGCCGACCAAUCCUGUGACCAGCAUUCGCGUUUUCUUUGGUUUUUCCUAAAGGCGAAUUUUGAAGAGGAUCCGCAUUCAGAAAUGCUUAAUUUACUGGGUUACCACGAAGAGGACAUAGCGAGUAAAUUUAGAAAGUAUACGGACAAAGGUAAACAUUCGGAUAUUACUCCAGCGGAAUCCAAUUCUAUUGAUGGUUUGGUAGAUCAGAUGGCUGGCUUGAGUCGGAAUAAUUCCACCGAAACGGAUCCAAGUACCGACGAUAGCACUGAUCUCUCGACAUUAGACAACAAUGCAGUUUUUGAUGCAAUUGCUGCAGGAAACAAGUUGCAUACCGAUCAAAAUCAAAGCUUGGAUCAGAAGCACGAUGAGAGCGAAAAAAGCGUGGAUGUUCCCUACCGGAUUCGUACUGGCUCCGACAUGGAAGGUUUGAUUUGCGAGGCUUUGCUAACUGGUAAUCUGGAAGCUGCUGUGGAACUUUGUAUGGAAGCUGGCAAAACAUCAGAGGCCUUGAUUCUAGCUAUGAACGGUGGUUCGGAAUUGUUAGCACGCAUUCAGUAUCGGUACUUGAAGAACAGUGAUAGUUUUAUAUCCAACAUCAUCUCUGCUCUUGUGACCAAUGACUGGAGUGGUGUCGUAACUCAGUGUACGAUUGAUUCGUGGAAGGAAAUGCUAGUUGCCGCGUUGACGCAUUGUAAAGGUCAGUUGCCACUUUUGUGUGACAGACUGGGCGAGCGAUUGCAAAUGGAAGCUGGUGGCGAUGUAGACAUGGCAAGAAAUGCUAUUUUAUGCUACAUUUGUGCUGGAAACACUGAUAGAUUGGUGGAAGCAUGGAAUCUACAGAAACCGAACCGCUCGGGAAAUGAACCGGUUAAUGGUGAACCUGACAAAAAUAAUAACAGCAAUAGAGACUUACAGGAACUCAUAGAAGUGGCAAUGUUGCUGCAAAAAGCACUGGAAAAGCAAGGUCGAGUUACCAAUGUAACAGGAAAAUUAGCCGAAUUGUUAUCUCAAUAUGCUAGCUUGCUUGCAGCGCAGGGCUCACUGAAUUCGGCAUUAACAUUUUUGGGAAACUCGACCGAACCUCAGAUCGAACAGCUCAAGCAGCGUUUGUGUCAUGCUGUUGGGCAUGUGAGUGCUGUGGAGUCAACAAACGCAAUGUACUAUCAAACAGGUCAACGAGGUUCAAUUAGCAAUCAACCGCAGCAGCCUCCAGCAUUUAAUCCAGUGUUUCCCACUAUUGGUCAGGCUGCCAAGUUGAAAAAUUGGCAAACGAAUGCCCCGCUGCCUCCUACGGUUGCUCCUACUUCAGUUCCAACAAUUCCGCAGCCCUUGAGUCAACCGUCUUGGAAUACCACCCCAUUUCAACAGCCACCUGCGGUUACGCCGUUCAAUUCAGUAGCAGCGCCUUAUCCAGCCGCUGUACCUCCCAUUGCAUCGAAACCUCCAUUGCGACCUCCGCAAGCAGCCGACCCGGUACAACCACCUCGACCAUCCUCGGUCAGUUCCCAAACCGGAGGCACUUCACUAAGCCGUUCCAAGUAUGUUCUGGAUCCUUCAGUUAGUACCGGGGCAAAUUAUGGACAAAUGCCACCAAAUCCUUACCAGCAAAACGCUUUCCAAUCUAAUCCAACUCCACAAUUCAAUCAGUACAACAGCCAGCCAAUAAAUCAACAACCGCAACCAGCGCUCUACAAUCCUGCUCAACCAACAAACAAUUUCAAGCCGUUCACCCCCGCCCCGUUGGUACAACCAAACGCCGCCCCCUUCCUUCCUGGGGUACCACCAUUAGAGGCGACUCAACAGCCCGCGAAUGUUUCUUACCCUGGCGCACCACCCGUUGCUGCACCUCAACCGUUCAGCAACAUUCAAAAGAAUCCCACACCGCCACCAGGCUGGAAUGAUCCUCCGGCGCUGAUGAGUGCUCCCCGUGCCCAAUUUCGUGAGCAAUGCGAAAUGUCAGCUGUCCAUGCCGGCACCCGUAGAUGGCGAAAGAUCAUUGACUCCCAUGACCCAUCGAAUCGCUCUUCGCCGCAGCCCAAAGUCGAAAAUGCCCAGGUUGCUCCAAUAACAUCUCCCAUACCGGGAGGAUUUGUGCCCCAGCAACAGAAUGGCUUUCCUGAUCCGAACAGUAAUUACAUGUCCGGUCAAUACUUGCAAACUGGUGCGGUUCCUGGAAUGACACCACAGCAGCCUGCUAUCUUCAAUCCAGCUGCUCCAAACCAACUACAACAGCAGACUCCCGGUGCUAUCAACUAUCAAGGCUUCCAGCAGAAUCUGCCCUUUCAGCAACAGCAACAGCAACCAUCGAAUCAAAUUCAACAGCCCGUGAAUAAUAAUAUCAAUGCAAAUUUGAUGCAACAACCUCUGUCAGCUACACCGACUGUUCCCGAGCUCCCCAAACAGAAACCCCCAAUUCCAGAGGAGUACAUUUAUCUGCAAAAAGUAUUCGAAGAGCUGAAAAAGCAAUGUAUCGCUGCGGCUGGAAAUCCGCAAACAAAACGAAAAUUAGAGGAUGUCUCGAAAAGGUUAGAAGCUCUGUACGAUUUGUUGCGUGAACGAAGGUUAUCUCCUAGCACGCUCGCCUCACUAACGCAGCUGGUGCAAUUGAUUCAAGCCGGAGAUUACGCGAACGGAAUAGGACUCCACACGCAAAUGGUAUCUGGACUGGAUUUUUCCCAGAUUGCCAGUUUCAUGCCCGGCAUCAAAGUUUUACUGCAGUCCGCAAUGCAACUGCAGGUUUAUUUACGAUAAGCUCGAUCUAGUGUGUUUAACAAGUUAUUGGAAAUCAGUAAUACUAGGUAAUAUACGAUAUAAUAUUAAAUAGUAUGUUAUUGUGAACAGGUCAGAGAGAAAGCUUGCAUUUAAUUUCUCAUUUUAAUGUGGUAUUGUUUUUGAUCAAAUGGUUCUCUCGUUAAUUUCCUUUUUCGCUCGUACCAUGUAUGACUGCGUGCUUGUGGAAGCCAUGAUUAAAAGUUAAAUUUGCGAUCGUUCUAUUCUAUUCAAUAUAUAUCUUUAUUUACACUUAACUUCGUUGUAUUUACCGUAUAUUUUUCUAACCGAAAAUAAUUUAUAUUCACGAAUAAACUCAAUUUACGACUAAUUGAAA